UUCAUCAUGUCUUCUGGAGGUCUUCUUCUCCUGCUGGGACUCCUCAGCCUCUGGGCGGAACUGACCCCCGUCUCCGGCCAGGACCGUCCAAAGUUUUGUUAUCUUUCUGCUGACCCUGGAUCAUGUAAAGCCAAAAUGCCUCGCUUCUACUACAACUCAGCUUCAAAACAAUGUGAAAAGUUUGUUUACACUGGAUGCAAAGGGAAUGACAAUAACUUUAAGACCCUGGAUCAAUGUCGCUACACCUGUGUUGAAAAGCCUGGGGUGUGUCCCAAGAGCCUUCCGAACAUACUCACUCCUUGUAUCGCGAAGUGUGCAAAUGACUGGAAAUGCCCUAAGAAUCAGAAGUGUUGCAAGCAUGGUUGCACGAUUAGCUGCAGGAAUCCUGCCUAA